AUGGCAAAGUUUAUUAGUGUUCAUGUUGGAUCAUUUUUGUCACAUAAAAGAAGCAUGCAAAGGUAUAGGAGGCGAAACCAGCCUACCAAUCCUAUUACUAUGAAAGAAUUUUAUGAGCAAUUAAUUGGUGGAUACUCUCAUUUAGUAACUAUUAAUGAUGAACCAUUGUAUUCAGGCAUGCUUAGUAAUACUGAGGAAGAAGGAGUUACCCUUCUCUUUGUUUUGCCAGGAGUAAAUAUACCUGAAAAAAUAUACAAUAUUAUAUUAGUCCAUAAAACAAAGUUUAAUACAAGUUUAUAUAGUAUACUAAAAAUAGUAAAAUAUUUUUAA